CUCGACAUUCAAGUCAAAGUAUCUAAGUUUCGUGUAAAAAAGUGCAACGAUGGCUCCGCUAGUGCUGUACCAUUUUCCUGGUUCGCCACCGUCAAGGUCUGCGCUGCUGGUUUUGCGCAAUUUGGAUCUGGACGUUGAGGUUAAAAUAGUGAAUCUGUUCGCUGGUGAGCAUAUGGCCGAAGAAUAUCUGGCCAUUAACCCGGAGCAUACCGUUCCGACACUAGUGGAUGAGGACUACGUGCUGUGGGAAUCGAAAGCGAUUGCGACCUAUCUGACCGAGCAGUAUAAACCCGGCUGUAGCCUGUAUCCAAAUGAUCCGAAGAAACGUGGUCUCAUCCUGCAUCGCUUGUUCUUCGACUCUGGGAUGCUGUUUCCGGCGUUGCGCCAAAUACUGGCCCCCGUACUCCGUGAUGGUGCCACUGUUAUCUCGCAGGAGCAGAAGGACACGAUGCACAAAGCGUUGGAGCGCAUGGAGUCUUACCUGCAGCAGGGCAACGAAUGGAUUGCCGGUGACGACUGCUCUCUAGCGGAUCUAUGCGCAUUGGCCACCAUUACAACGGUUCAUCAUCUCGGCGUUAAUUUCGGGGAUUUUCCCAAUAUACAGGCAUGGUACGACCGGUGCCAUGAACUACCAGGCUUUGCGGAGAAUGAAGAAGGUGCCUCGGUAAUUGCCAACGCAGUGAAAUCUAAGCUUGAAGAACCAUAUUGAGAAGUGCUCUGGUAGGAGAUGGUGUUCUGUAACAGUUGAUUAAAAAAAGUAGAACAAGUGCUGACACGAAAACGCACUUCAUCGC